CUGUCCGCAGAGAACGAGAAUCCAAAAUAGAAAAGUCCACCGCAUCUCUCCGGAGCAGUAACACGCAUCGGAACUUAGAAUUUAAAUGAACUGAAAUACUAAUUCACUUUAAAAAUUGAAAUAAAAAUAUUUAGUGCUUUUAGAGACGUGCAUUCUCGAUGGCGGUUGCGCGGCGAAUGACCGCCAUCUUGUUUUUGUUGUUGGCAUUGUUUGAUUUAACAGUAGGAUGUGACGUUGAUGAUGUAGCUGUGUAUAAAGUGUCUUUGCAAAUGUUAUGGAGCGAGGAGAGAUUUCCGAAGGAUUAUCCUCAGAACCGACCAAAGGCGCAGUGGUCACAGGUCUUUGGACAAUCACACUCUUCGAACUACAGCCUCUACCACAUAGGCUCAGUAUCCAGUGAUUCAGUUCGAGCAUUUGCCCAAUACGGAAAGAUCGAUGACCUUGUGAAGCAGGGCGAUGAUGAUCAGCAAGUUUACGACCAGUUCUCAGCACCAGCUGUAGGCUCUGGGACAGGAGCCACUGAGAACAUGGUGUUCGUUGAUGGAAGGCAUAAUUUGGUAUCUCUCAUAUGUCGAAUGAUACCGUCGCCUGACUGGUUCAUUGGGGUGGAUGGAGUAAAUCUAUGCGUGGACUCCUCAUGGGUCGAUCAGAUAACUCUUGACUUGGAACCAUUGGACGCGGGAGCAGCAAGUGGUCUGACGUUCACAGCUCCUCGCUGGGAAACCAACCCUCCCGACCCAGUGACCAGGCACAAGCCAAGACUACCUGAUCAUCCAGCAGCCGGUUUCUACUAUCCAUUGUUAAGAGAACUGCCAGCCAUAGCCAAAGUGGAAUUUACCAAGGUAAGACAAUAUUCAACAAAGGAACUCAACAAUCUAGCUCGAACAGAACUUCUAUCAACACUCAAAGCUAAAACCGAACAAAACAGUGAACAUCUGCAAACCGACAUAGCUAACGAUGAUAACAGUGAUGAAGAAAUCGAUGAGGAAGAAGAACAUCCUGCAUUAACAACAAGAACCAAUAUGGAUGCCUUAAAGGAUUUAGAGGAAGAACCCGUUGGAACACCAAGGCCUAAUGUACCAGAAAAUCAUGUCGUUGUUGUGACAACAGCUCCUACAACCACAACAACUGAAAAAGAAUUUGAAGGUGAACUCAAGAGCAUGGACGAUGUUGUUCUAGCAGUUGCUCACGGCAGAAAACUAGGUCUCCACAAACAUCUGCCGAGACAUUUUAGAUCCCGACUUCAUCAUGCAGUUAACAAGAUACAACCUAACGACUGUCUCGUAUCGGAAUGGAGUCCAUGGUCUCCUUGCUCAGUCACCUGUGGCUUCGGAGAACAACUUCGAUACAGGAGCGUGGUUCGUGAAAAGAAGGAUGGAGGUCGCGACUGUCCCACACUGACUGACAGAAAACACUGCGGCAAUGUCAAUUCCUGUACACAUAUCGACUAUUUUGAGUGGUAG